AUGGCGGUCGGCAAGAACAAGCGCCUGUCAAAGGGCAAGAAGGGCGGCAAGAAGAAGAUUGUCGACCCCUUCAGCAAGAAGGACUGGUACGAUAUCCGUGCCCCCAGCACCUUCCAGCAGCGCGCUGUGGGCAAGACCCUGGUGACUCGUACCGCCGGUACCAAGAUCGCGUCUGAUGGUCUGAAGGGCCGCGUGAUCACGGUCAACCUGGCUGACCUGCAGAAGAAUGAUGCGGACGCGUACCGCAACAUCAAGCUGCGCGUGGAGGACGUGCAGGGUCGCCACUGCCUGACCAACUUCCACGGCAUGGACCUGACCACCGACAAGCUGCGGUCGCUGGUGCGCAAGUGGCAGACGCUGAUCGAGGCCCACGUGGACGUGAAGACCACCGACGGCUACACGCUGCGCCUCUUCGCCAUCGCCUUCACCAAGAAGCGCGCGGGGCAGGUGAAGAAGACCGCGUACGCGCAGAGCUCCCAGAUCCGCGCCAUCCGGCGCAGGAUGGUGGACAUCAUGACCCGCGAGGCCACCUCCGUGGACCUCAAGGAUCUGGUGGCCAAGUUCAUCCCCGAGGCCAUCGGCAAGGAGAUCGAGAAGGCGUGCCAGGGCAUCUACCCCCUGCAGAACACCUUCGUGCGCAAGGUCAAGGUCCUGCGCAGCCCAAAGUUCGACGUGGGCAAGCUCAUGGAGGUGCACGGCGACCUGCCCACCGAGGUGUCCACCGCCGUGGACCGGCCCGCGGAGGGCGUGGUCGGCGACGCCCCGGAGGAGGCCACCGCCUGA